AUGUCUGAUCAUUCGCAACAGCCUUUAAGACUCAACGAAGUAGACGAGUCAUCAAACUCCUCAGAUACCCAUUUGGGACAAGGGUCCAAAAAAGAAAAGCAUUCAGGAGAGUCAGAAAGAGGACACAGCGACAGCUCUAAUCAUGAUUUGGAAAAUGGCGUCAAUGACUAUAGACCGCAAGAUGCUAUCGACAACCCACUUCAAACGUAUUACCCUGAUUUGGUUAGCAUGGAAUCGCACGCCACGCUCUCCCGAGAACUCUCGAGGAGGAUCACUAAUGCAGACGCAUUGAAGUUUGCCGAUAAAGAAGACCUAGAUGGCACAUUAUAUAUCAUUGGCGAGGGCAGAGAGUUGCCGCCCGAUUUACCUGAUCGAACUCCAUACGUUGUUUCUUUCAACGGUAUUAACGACCCAUACCACCCCCAUAACUACCCAAUGUACAAAAAAAUCAUGUACACAUUUUGCGUCGGGGUCUCGGCAUUCUCUCUUUCGCUUGGAUCGGCAAUGUUUGCCGAAGGCAACGAGGAUGUGAUGGAGAUCUACCAUGUGGGAUACUCUGUAGCGGCAUUGGGUACAUCCUUGUACGUGUUUGGCUUUGCUGCUGGGCCCGUUAUCCACGGUCCAUUAUCGGAGCUAUUUGGAAGAAAAAUAAUCUUGGUAAUCUCGUCUCUUGGUUAUGUUUGCUUCUCGUUUGGUGUGGCCACAGCAAAAGACUUGCAGACUAUAAUGCUAUGUCGGUUCUUUGCCGCAUUCACUGGUAGUGCUUCAUUUGUUGUUGCUCCAGCAGUGAUGGUGGAUAUGUUUGCUGCAAAAUGGAGAGGAGUGGCCAUUGCCAUUUUUGCAUGUUGUAUCUUUGGUGGACCAAUGCUCGCGCCAAUCUUGGGUGGGUUCACAGAAAAGAAUAGCUCCUUGGGGUGGAGAUGGUGCUCAUACUUUUCAGGUAUCGUGGGCUCUUUUGCCUUGUUUUGCAAUAUUUUUAUACUUGGAGAGACUCACCAUCCUUUGCUACUCGUGAGGAAGGCAGAAUUAUUGAGAAGAAAGACUGGUAACUGGGGUAUAUUUGCGCCACACGAGGAACAUUCUUUAGAUUUGAAGGAGCUUGUGGUGAACAAUAUCGGUAGACCCUUGAAGUUAAUUGCAACGGAACCAAUCAUUUCCCUAGUCAGUAUCUACAAUGCCUUCAUCUAUGCAAUGUUGUAUACUUUUCUUACAGCCAUUCCCUUGAUCUUUAUCGGAAGGUAUGGCUGGAGUCAAGGUGUUGGAGAAUUGCCAUACAUAUCCAUGUUGUUGGGUGUCUUUGCUGGCGGUGGAACUAUAGUGUGGUUUGAGCAACAUGUGCAAAAGAAGCAGGAAAAAUUUGGACGCAAACCUGUGCCUGAAGACCGACUCCCACCCAUCAUGAUUGGAGGAUUUACAUUUGUUAUUGGCAUUUUCUGGCUUGGCUGGACAGGAGAUUAUGCAGAGCACGUGCACUGGAUAGUUCCAACCAUUGCUGCUUUUUUUGUCGGCCACGGGUUAAUUUCGAUUUUCCUACCAACGAUGAACUACAUUAUUGAUUGUUACUUGUUUAUCGCCGCAUCCGCAUUGGCUGCAAAUACAUUUAUUAGAUCGGCAUUCGCUGCGGCAUUCCCCUUAUUUGCACGACAAAUGUUUGUCAAUUUAACGAUCAAAUGGGCAUCUACUUUGGUAGGAUGCUUGGGUGCCUUGAUGAUCCCAAUGCCGUUUUUGUUUUACAAAUAUGGAGCUGCAAUCAGAAGACGGUCUAAAUAUGCUUUGCACUGA